AGUCGACUUUUGGAUUUCGCAAACGAAAGAACAAAAAUUUCAAAAUGAGACUUAUUAUUUUUGGAGUGUUUUUGUGUUUAACCCAAUCUUCUUAUGGUUUCUUUGGCUAUACAAGAAAAUAUAAUAAUCACGAAGAGCCUUUUUUGCCUCAUACAAAUCGUAUUUUACUUAUCAAUCCUAAGACGAUAGGUGAGAAAUGGAUCGAACAAAGAUUAGAUCACUUUAAUCCACAAGAUGAACGAAAAUGGAUGAUGAGAUAUUUUGAAAACGACGAACAUUAUAUUCCAAAUGGCCCGAUAUUCAUUUAUGUCGGUGGAGAAUGGUCGAUUAGUGCUGGUUCAAUCUCAGCGGGAAGUCACAUUUACGAUCUUGCAAAGGAACAUAACGGAAUUCUUUUUUAUACCGAACACAGAUAUUACGGUAAAAGUCAUCCCACGACCAAUACUUCGACAGAGAAUUUACGGUUCUUGAAUAUCGAUCAAGCAUUGGCCGACUUAGCAUUUUUCAUAAAUCAUAUAAAAUCGCGGUCAUCUGAUUUAACGAAUUCUCGAGUUAUUAUGGUUGGCGGUAGUUACAGUGCUACAAUGGUCGCUUGGAUGCGUAAAAAAUUUCCACAUCUUGUUACUGGUUCAUGGGCAUCAAGUGCACCACUUGAAGCACUGCUAGACUUUUAUGAAUACAAAGAAGUGAUGACAAAUGCUAUAAAACUUGUUGGUGGCGAUGAAUGUGCUGAAACAUUUAAAAAUGCUUUUAAAGAAAUGGAACAUUUGGUUGAGAUAGGGGAAACCAGAAGGCUUCAUUUAGCUUUUAAUCUUUGUUCAUCACUUGAUUUGACACAAGACAUUCCACAUUUCUUUUACGAAUUAUCUGAUAUUGUCGCUGGAUUAGUUCAGGGACAUCGACCGGGUAAUAUUGAGAGAGCCUGUGAUUAUAUGAAAGAUCAAAAGGAGACUCUCGAUAAAGAUGAACUCGAUGCAUUCGCCGCUUGGAUUAGAAAAGGAUCUUGGACAUGUUUGGAUAUGAGCUACCAGAACAAUGUGAUAAAAUUCACAAAUAUUGAAUGGGGAUCGGAAGCUAAUCGGCAAAUGAGACAAUGGAUUUAUCAGACCUGCAGUGAGUUUGCAUGGUUUCAAACAUCAACAUCAAAGAAUCAAAUCUUCGGAACGACUUAUCCAGUUGAUUAUUUUUUGAAGCUUUGCCAGGAUCUCUAUGACAACUCAUUCAAUUUAACAACAAUCGAACAAAACAUCGCACGUACAAACACAUUCUAUGGUGCGUUGAAGCUUUCAUUAACAAAUGUUUUCUUCACUCAUGGAGGUCUUGACCCUUGGCAUCCAACCGGAAUUUUAGAAGAUUUGAACGAAUCAACCCCAGUUGUUGUUUUGCCUUUAAACGCUCAUGUUUCCGAUUUAGGUCAAAUUUCAUCGUACGAUUCACCUGAAUUGAAGGCAACAAAAGAGAAAAUUCAAGAAUUAGUUCGUCAAUGGCUAAAUGAAUAAACAAUGAAAAAGUUGAACUGAUUGAUUUUUUUAUAAUAAAUCUGACUUUGUAAUCCAUACAGUUAUGAUCCCGUCUUUCAUGAAAAGAAAUUGAAAAAUAUUUAAAUUAAAAAAACUUUAG